UUUUAUAUAUAAUUUCUUUAUUUUAACUAGUUUAAAUAAAAUGGAGGAUUACCCAUUAGAAGUUGAAUAUUGUGGUAUAUGUGGUUUGCCUCCUGAGUAUUGUGAAUUUGGAUCUGAGGCAGAAAAAUGUAAAGAUUGGUUGAAAGAAAAUAUACCAGAUUUGUUUGAUGACUUGAAAGCACGAAUGGAAGGUCUGACUACUGGAGACAGUGAAGAUAAAAAGAAAAGGCAAACAAGAGGUGGAAAAGCAAAUAAAUUAGUUAAAAAAAAAACUUGUGAAAAAAAAGUUAUUUUAAAGCGUGAAACACGCAGUAAGAAAAAAUGUGUCACUAUCAUAAGUGGGCUUGCAACAUUUUCAAUUGACCCCAAAAAAGCAGCUAAAGUGUUUGCCAACAAGUUUUCUUGUGGUUCAUCUGUCACGGGAGAAGAUGAAAUUGUUAUUCAAGGUGAUGUUGCUGAUGAUCUUAUUGAUUUUCUUCAAGAGAAAUGGCCAGAGAUUGAAGAAGAUAAUAUUGAAGAUAAUACUUGAUUGAUUUUUACAUCUGUGAGCUUAAAAUAUACAUAAAUUAAUUUA